AUCGCACGGGAAAGGACAACAGCUCCGACUGCAAAUUCGACCUCCUAAAAGCACCAAAAACUAGAAUUCAAGUGGAGGAAGAAACAAAAAUGGCCACUAGCUAGACCACAAAAUCGAAGCACAAGAACAAGAGAGAUGGGCAGAAUACGGAAAACUACUCCGUUGUGGAUCAUCGGAUUUGCUUAUUUUCCCCCUGAAUCUGAACGAACAGAGAAGCUGUCACCAAAUUACAAAGGCGGGAAAAUGGCGGCAGUGAAGAGGAUUAAGUUGGGUUCGCAAGGUCUCGAGGUAUCGGCACAGGGGCUCGGUUGCAUGGGAAUGUCUGCCUUCUACGGCCCUGACAAGCCCGAUUCCGACAUGAUCGCUCUAAUCCACCAUGCUAUCAACAGCGGCGUCACUUUCUUCGAUACCUCUGAUGUCUACGGCCCUCGCACCAACGAAAUCCUUCUCGGCAAGGCUUUGAAAGGAGGGUUUAGGGAGAAGGUUGAGCUGGCUUCCAAAUUUGCGAUCGUUUAUGAAGAGGGGAAGAGAGGAGUUCGUGGUGAUCCUGCCUAUGUAAGAACUGCCUGCGAGGCCAGCUUGAAGAGGCUUGAAGUUGACUGUAUUGACCUUUAUUACCAGCAUCGCGUUGACACCACCGUUCCAAUUGAAGUCACGGUUGGGGAGCUGAAGAAACUGGUUGAGGAGGGUAAAAUCAAGUACAUUGGUCUGUCCGAGGCCUCGGCCGCGACGAUCAGAAGGGCUCAUGCAGUUCAUCCUAUAACUGCAGUGCAGUUGGAGUGGUCCUUGUGGUCAAGGGAUGUGGAGGAAGAGAUUAUCCCCACUUGCAGAGAACUAGGGAUUGGAAUUGUGGCCUACAGUCCCCUUGGCCGAGGAUUCUUCGCUUCAGGGCCUAAACUUCUUGACAGCCUUGCGGAAGGAGACUUCCGAAGGAUGCAACCAAGGUUCCAAGGCGAAAACUGGGAUUACAACAAGACCCUCUUCGAGAGGGUUUCUGAAAUCGCAAACCGAAAAGGAUGCACACCAUCACAACUGGCACUUGCAUGGGUGCACCACCAGGGAGAUGAUGUGUGCCCCAUUCCAGGAACCACCAAGAUUGAGAACUUCAACCAGAACAUAGGAGCUCUAUCAGUCAAACUUACACCAGAAGAAAUGUCCGAACUAGAAGCGAUUGCGUCGAUCGAUGCUGUGAAAGGUGAUAGAUACAUGGCAGGCAUGUCCACUUUCAAAGGUGCUGACACUCCACCUCUGUCUUCCUGGAAAAGCGAAUAGAAAGUGCUGUUCUUUAAUGCAGUGAGUGAGUAAUGGUUUGGCAAUAAAAUGAGCUUUCUGAGUUCAAGUUGAAGUUCUGCAAUUUUUCCAUAAUGAAGGUAUCUCAUGUAGUCAUGCCUCCCUGGUAUCGGUAUGUAACACCUUGUAUUGACAGAGCUUAGUUCUGCACAUUAUGCAAUCUAAAACAUCCGUGAGGUCUCCGGCAUGUGAUCCGCUACGACCAUUAUGCUCUAUGCUGAGUGUUGCUAACUGGAUCCAUGGAGAUUAGAGUUCCCAUAUGAACAAAUGCUUGAAACUCCUGGGGAAGCCCUCGAAUGCAGACGUCCUCAAACCCUCCACUAACCUGAUCAUAAACCACCACACACUUGCUCCUGUAAAGAAACAGAACCUUGCCAUCCUUAAACUCCCACAGAACUUUGAAUGACCUCCCUUUGAUCCCAUUCUUCUUCCUCCUAGUUGGUGGCGCCCCGCCCUCCAUACUAUAACUCCGAGGGACAUGGCUCGGGAUGGCAAACUCUUUGCUCCAAGAUUCCUUCACACAGUAUCUUCUCAUCACCCACACUCCAACCGAUCCAUCGCUGCUCAACUCGACAUCAGAGAGAUUACCUCUCAAAUUCACCAGAUGAUCAAAGCUGCUGCAAUCUUUCGGUCCAGGCACGACCUGGAACUCCUCAGUUUCCAAGUCAAACGACACCACACCUUCAUCUCCCAGGUUCCAGCUCUUCCAGUGAAGUCUGCAUUCCACCGUUGCCUCCGAUGCUGGACCAGCAAGAACGUACGCGAUUCGCCCCAGUCGUCUCCACUCAUCGUCAUCUGUCCCCAGAGUCAGCACAAAGGCUUCAGGGUUUCCUCCAGAGAAGUCGUACUCCGAUUGCUUGUAGUACACGACUUUCACUACCUUGUACUGCUUUGUCCGCGAAUGGAAUCCGAACCCAAACACCACCCUGCAGAUUGUGUUAGUGUCAUGUACCGUGAGCUUGGGGAGCUCCUUGCCAUGUGCAGAGCUGGAGAAAGGGUUGUAGAUGUAGAGUGGAUCGUCGGAGACGGUGCUGUACAGACAGAGGAUUCCAUUGCAAGAACCCACCAGAUCAAAGUCAGGUAACAUUGAUCCAUCCAACUGGGUGGUGAUCUUCACUGUUUUGGCUGUGUCCUCCUCCGUGGCGCCAAGUUCUGCGAGCUGGAGCUUGGGUUUCGGCCAGUCUGAGAAGGCCAAGAGAAAGAGGGUGACUUCAGAUUCAUCUGCAGUGGAAAAAUGGAGGUUAUGGAAAGCUGGAUCGUUGAUUGAGGCGAGCCAGGAUCGUGAUACGAGUUUGGAUUCCAGGAGAGUUUGUAUGGGUUGGCUGGAAAGUAUGUCGUGGAAGAUGGCUUUGGGGAGCUUCUGUAUUGGUGAUUCCAUGGUGUAAGAGACUGAGAAGGAUGAUAAGGAAGAACUGUGAAACUUUUUAGCUUCUUGUCUCUGGUUUUGAAGUUUGGGUAGAGGGCAGGUUGACGGGAUCAAGAAAUGCUUUUGGAGUGACGAUUUCAACAAGACCUUGAUUUUGUUUUUAGCCUAACCCAAUUAUAGUUUCUCACGAGUAGCAUCCAAAAACAAAAACAAAAGAGUGUAGUUGAAUCCAAAGUUAAGAGGUAAUUGCAAUUAGGGG